GAACGAACGGACGAAUAAGAAAAGCUUCUCCUUUUUUUAAACAAUAAACCUCAAGGGCAAACAAAGCAGAGCUGGAAAGAUGCUUAGAAAAAAGAACAAUUACGUAAAUGCCUAAGAGUGUACGAAAAUGGUAUAUGAAAAAAUUUAUAAAGUGAAAAGAAGCAGAAGAAGGAAUUUACUCGAUAUAAAUCCCAAAAGUAAGCAAAAUUAAGAGAAAAAAAAAAAAAAAAAUCCCUCGACAAGCGCAAGAAAAAAAAAAAAAAAUAGCAUGCACAUAUACAGCACAUAAUAUUAUAUAUAGAGCAACGAACAGCAAGAAAAAAUAACUUAACAUGUGGUGACGAACAACCACAGAAAGUCCAGUGGCAAAUUGAGCAAAGAGAGAACAAUCUACUUAAGCCCCCACAGCAAGGUGUUAGGCAAAAUAGUAUAGAAAAGUGCUAGCACAAAUGUAUAGCAGCGCAUAACGCAUAUGUCGCAAUGUAACAUUUUUAUAUUUCUGGUUACCUCUUCAGAAAAUGAGAUGUUAAACUCUCUUUUUAAAGUCCCAUAAACACGUUCGCACAAAAUGAUGCCGAGAAGCGAAAAGCAAAGUGAAGAGGACGAUUGGGAACUGCAUCCAUUAUUCUUAUCGAAAAUCCCAAACAAAAAGGACAUAAAUAAGAACCAAGCUCUCUCAGCGUUGAUAACAUUGAUCAAUGAAGAAGAAGAAAAGGAAGUGUUCAGUUACGAACCGAGAAGAAAAAAUCUAAAAAAAAAAAUCACAGAGAAAGGCCAAAUUAUCUACAAAAAAGAUAGGCGCAAUUUUUACGAACCCUAUCAGCAGAACAAAAAUGAUAAGAUAAAUUAUUUUGAAAAAAAGACCCUCGGUGGACAUUCGGAUGUCAGUAAGGAGGAGGAGGUGAUGGACGUGGAAGUGGACGAAGAAGGUACCCCUCUGACUGCUGCACAACAGGGAGGGGACCAUUCUGGCCAAAAUGUGAGCAGCAGCCAGCAGGCCACGGACGAAACUUCCAUAGGCGAAGUGCUGGUGUGCCUGUCGAUGAUCAAUUUGAAGUAG